AUGGAGCUUGCGGGACUUGCCAUCGGCGCGGUUGCCUUGAUUGGCGCCUUCAAGGAUGCUCUCGACCUCUUUGACCUUUUCACGGCAGUGCGCGACUUCGGCCGCGAAUAUUCCAUACUGCUCACCAAACUCGACAUCGAAAAGUUCCUCUUGCUCCAGUGGGCUGAGCAGGUCAAGCUCCUGGACUUCGACCAGAAGCUCGGCUUCCUGGACUCACGGCUGAACGAGAGACAUCUCCAGACCUCGGUAGCCCAGAUUCUGUCGUGCAUUUGCCUGCUCCUCCGCGACGCCUCCCAGUUGAAGGAGCGCUAUGGCGUGGCGGAUGCGUCGGCGGCCGAUGUGGACAGCUUCUUCACCAUAGACGAUAGCCCGGCCAUGAGCGGCCCCUGCAUGAAGCGCUUUGAACAGCGCUUCCGCCAGCUUCAAGUGUCGGCUCGCGGCUUGAAGCAUCAGCCGCCCUCGGCUUGGGCUAAGGCCCGCUGGGCCGUCCAGGACAAGCGCAAGUUUGGAGACCUAGUCUCGGAGCUGGCUCACUUCGUCACUAGGCUCAGGGAGGUGGUGCUGCCCAUCGCAACCGACUCGUCACGCACGGCAGAGCUUGCCAACACCAAAGACCUGAAGCGCAUCUACGAGCUUGACAAGCUGAAGAUGGUGCUCGAGGCAGCGGCUGGCUAUCGAGGAGCCGUUGCGGGGCCGGCUCAGGAGCUGAUCGACCGUAUUUGCUGCGAGCGGGUGCUCCGGCCUCUCUGGUUCAGAAAGAUGGACGAUCGGAGGGAGAGCAUCAAAUCUGCCCACAAGCGGACCUUCCAGUGGGCCCUCGAGGGACCGGACAAAGCACAGGAAGGGUUUAACAGCCUCAGAGAGUGGCUGCGACGUGGCUCUGGCAUCUACUGGCUGUCGGGAAAGGCGGGUAGCGGCAAGUCGACGCUAAUGAAGUUUGUCCACUCGGGCCCCCAGACUGCCCAGCUCCUGAACGAGUGGGCCAAAAUGAUUGGAGCGGCAGAUUGCACUAUUGCCGACUUCUUCUUCUACUACCUAGCCAUGACGCCAGAACAAAACACCCAAGAGGGACUCUCCAAAGCUCUGCUGUUCAAGAUCUUGACGCGUUACCCAGCCAUCGUCCCCAAGGCGCUGCCAAACCUGUGGAGAGAAGCCAACGAAGGACGCGAAGACUUGACGGCCCCCUCCCAAGCCGAGAUCAAGUACGCCUUCGAGGUCAUUUCGAGCGACAGCAACCUGCCGGCCUUCUGCCUCUUCAUCGACGGCUUUGACGAAUACGUCGGCGACUAUCGGAAUGGCGUCACACUGAUCAACCGUCUCGCCCUGAGCCCUCGCAUCAAAGUCAUUGUGUCGAGUCGGCCUGAGCCACAUUGCGUCGCGGCUUUUGAUGGACAGGCGCAGAUGAAGUUGCAGGAGUUGACAGAGGGUGAUAUCGCCACCUAUGUCCAAGACAUAAUUGGCAGAAACACACACAUGGAGGCUCGUCUUAAAAAGCAACCAGGAGAGUCGGCAGAGAUCAUGCGAGAGAUUGUUCUCAAGGCAUCUGGCGUCUUUUUGUGGGUGGUUCUGGCGUGCCGCUCUCUCCAGGACGGGUUUCACGACUACGAUACCAUCGAGGAACUGCAACAGCGAAUACGCGAGCUACCCGCCGAGCUCAAGGACAUGUUUAUCCACAUGCUGGCCAGGGUCGACAAGCGCCACAGGGUGCAGGCUUCAAUGCUCUUGAGACUCUGCUUCCUGCACAGGAAGGCCUGCGGCGAGGCCCGUGUGACCCACGAGCUGGACAGGCUGUACGCGCUCGAGUGUGCCUUCAUUGCCGACUACUUUAGCUCAGGCCCGGGGACCCCUGUUUCAUUUCUCCCCAAGUCGGAAAGAUCAGAGGCGUGCAAGAUACUUGAUGGCCGGCUGAGAAGCCGGUGCGGUGGCCUCUUGGAGCUAACUCGGAGAGCUUCGGCUGAGACGAGGUCGCCAUUCUGCUUUUGCGAGGCCGCGGAUUGGGGGUCUGACCACUCCCGACACGACGAGUGGGCCGACGCGACCGUCACUUUCAUGCACCGCUCUGUAUUUGACUUUCUGGACGACCAAGACACUUGGGAGCUGGACUACCUAAAGACGGCGGCCAUGGAGUUUGACCUCGCGACAGUCAUGUCACUCGGCCGCCUGUACCUCGCGAUGCAAAGCCAGAGCCUGCAAUGCCCAGAGGAGGUUAAGCAAGCUCUGACAUGCCUUUUGGCCGGCAUCGCAUGGGGCGCCGAGGGAGAUAGGCUUCAGCCUUCCAGGAGAGAAAACAUCUUUUGGAAAAUGGGCCCGUGUCUCGACAUGCUGUACGCGGCAAACGGUCCGGUCUUUGGCCUCUGGGACGGCCAGUUUGAAGGCCUUGCCGAGAUCCACUCACACGAACCCAGCAAUGCCUUCUCCCACGCUACCCUGCUCCUCGCCAUCGAAGCUGGGGCAGUCAACUACGUCAAACACUACCCCUACCUCCGGGACAUGACAGCCGCAAGCACUCCCCCGUGCGGCUGCCCUCCUCUCCUCUGCCAGGCCAUCCAGCCCAUGUCAAUUAUCGGAGGGCAAUUUAAAGAAGACAGUUCGAAACGGCCGCCCGAGGCCAUGCGGGCUUCAAACGGCAUGUUGCCUGGCUCGACCAAGCCCCGGAUUGGGUACGAAUGA